AUGUCGCAACCAAACGUUGAGCACAGAAUGACCGAAGAUCCAGCUACCUGGAUUGACUCUAAAGGGCAAGAUGAACAAAUCGAAGAUCUCAAACAUGUGACCAUUGAUAAUGUCAACGACUCCGAAGCAGCUCCUUACCUGGACCACACCAUCAUUAUCGAUGAGCGAGAGAACAAAAGACUCAAGAGGAUGAUUGAUCGAAGGAUCUUACCACUUCUUUGUCUUGCUUACUUCGCCCAGGCUAUGGACAAGGGUGCAACCAGUCCCAUUAGUAUCAUGGGCUGGCUUGAAGAUGUCAACGCUUCCGGUCAAGAUUACGCUCUCAGCAGUACGGUAUUAUGGAUCGGUCUCGUGGCCGGUAAUCCUGUGGCGUCCCAACUUAUUCGUCGAUUCCCCGUUGCCAAAGUUCUCGCAGCGUCGAUGCUUGUAUGGACGGGCCUGGCAUUCUGGUUGACCUUCACCCUCGACGUACCUCAAAUCCUAGCAAAUCGUGCUAUUCUUGGAUUCUUCGAAGCGUCGUUUAAUCCCUGCUUGGUCACGAUCAUGGUGCAAUGGUAUCUAAGCUCGGAGCAAGCCGUCAUCUCGGCUGUCUGGCACUCGUUCACUUCUCUUUCAACUUGUCUUCAAUCGGUCAUGGGAUAUGGGUUCUACCAUGUUCGUCACGACAAUUCUGGUGGCCUGAAGAGCUGGCAGUAUCUUCUCUUGACGGCUGCAUGCAUCUCAGCCGUCUCGACCAUUGCCGUAUUCUUUUUCCUCCCCGACAGUCCUACAAGAGCGCGUUGGGCUGAUGAAGAGCUCAAGACCAAGUUUGUCGAACGGGUCAGAUCCAACAACCAAGGUAUCAAGCAGAAAAUUUGGAAAUCGGACCAGGCUUGGGAGACCGCGAAAGAUCCUCAGGUGUAUGCUCUAUUCGCCUUGACGUUCUGUCAAACUCUUGUCAUCGGCGGUGUUGGCAAGUUCAGCGCGCUACUUAUCAACAAAGCAUUUGGAUUCGAUGUUGCUACCAGUCAGCUGCUCAAGAUCCCCGUCUCGGCGGUCGGUGUAUCCGCCUACUUCUUGAUGGCGUAUCUGCAACAAAAGUACGAACAGACACUCUUCACCAUGAUCGCCUUCACGUUGUUGAACAUGAUCGGUACCAUCGUUAUUGUCUGCGUUGCACCCAGCGACAAGACUCGAGUUGGGCUUAUGAUCGCUUUCCUCUUGCUUCAAUUCUUUGGUGCUUGUAACACCGCCACUUCGGUCGUCCUGAGUCGAAACAUCGCUGGUCAGACCAAGAAAUCUAUCGCCUACGCCACCACCUUCAUGGCUUGGGGCGCUGGAAAUGCUGUAUCUCCUCAGCUCUUCUGGAAUACCUGGGCUCCGAGAUACAUUCCGUCUCUCUACAUUCAUCUGGGCCUCUACGCUACCUAUAUCAUCCUCGCACUGGCUACACGUACCAUGCUUGUUCGACGCAAUGCUAAAAAACAAGCGGCUCGAGACAUGCGUGAUGGCGAGGAGGUACAAGCCAAUCUGCAUGCAUUCGAAGAUCUGACGGAUCUGCAGAACCCAGACUACAAGUACUCGAUCUAG